AUGGCAAACUAUCACCGGAACAACGUCGGAAAUCUCGUUCUCGGCCACCACCACCACCACCACGACUCCAGCAAAACAUCAACAUUCUCCGACAACUUCCGUCAAUGGAACUCGCUCUCAGUCGCAUCACUCCGCCGUCUCAUCUUCGACGCCGUCAGCUGCGGCGCUAGCUCCCGUUUCCAUCACCGCCGCCGCAGCCUCGAAGAAUAUGACACCGAAGACUUCUCUUCCACAACAAGAUCAGACUCCUUUUCAUCCAACGAGAAACAUCAACAAAAACAACAGAAUCAAACCUCCAAACCGAAUGCAAAGUCGGAGAAGCUAUCCGAUCUUCUGAACAUGGCGGAGUUAGAGUCAGAAGCAGAGGCGAAAAAGAAGGAAGAAGCUCUAGAAGAACUGAAACAGCUCGUGAAGGAUUUGCAUCACGAAGAGGAUUCAGUGAAGCGGCGAGAAGCUGCAACCGCCGUGAGAAUGCUCGCGAAAGAGAAUUUGGAAGUUCGAGGAACACUCGCUAUGCUCGGAGCGAUUCCACCUCUCGUCACAAUGCUCGAUUCGCAAGACCUCGAUUCUCAGAUCGCUUCACUCUACGCGUUGCUCAAUCUCGGAAUCGGAAACGAUGCAAAUAAGGCAGCCAUUGUUAAAGUUGGUUCUGUUCAUAAGAUGCUUAAGCUUGUUGAAUCUUUAGAUGGUACUGAUUCUACUGUUUCUGAAGCGAUUGUUGCGAAUUUCCUUGGAUUGAGUGCUUUGGAUUCGAAUAAACCGAUAAUCGGGUCGUCUUCUGCAAUACCGUUUUUAGUUAGAACCCUUCGGAGUUUAGAUAAGAAAAAUAGUAGCAAUCAAGCUAAGCAGGAUGUUCUUAGAGCGCUUUACAACCUUUCAAUCUUUCCAGCAAAUAUUCCGUUCAUUUUGGAAACUGAUUUGGUUCCGUUUCUGAUAAACUCGAUUGGCGACAUGGAAGUAACGGAAAGAAACCUCUCUAUUCUUAGCAACUUGGUGUCAAGUAGAGCGGGUAGAAAAGCGAUCAGUGCUGUCCCUGAUGUGUUUCCUAUAUUGGUUGAUGUAUUGAAUUGGACUGAUUCACCUGAAUGUCAGGAAAAAGUUUCGUAUGUUUUGAUGGUUAUGUCUCAUAAAUCUUAUGGUGACAAGCAGGCCAUGAUUGAGGCAGGGGUCGUGUCGUCACUUCUUGAGUUGUCGCUUAUUGGUACUACUCUGUCUCAGAAUCGGGCGUCAAGGCUAUUGGAAAGUUUGAGAAUAGAUAAAGGGAAACAAGUUUCAGGUAACUAUGGUGGAGGAAAUUUAGGCACAGCAGUCUCUGCCCCAAUUUGCGGAACUUCAUCAUCAUGUGCAAAACCAGACGGAGGAGGAGGAAAAGAGUGUUCGGAAGAAGAUGAAGAUAUGAUGAGCGAAGAAAAGAAAGCAGUGAAGCAAUUAGUCCAAUUGAGUUUGCAAAACAACAUGAGAAAAAUCGUCAAAAGGGCUAACUUGCCUCAAGAUAUCGUUCCAUCAGAUCAUUUUAAGUCACUCACUUCAAGUUCAACUUCAAAGAGUUUACCAUUCUGA